AUGUCGACGCCCACGUCUGGCAGUGUCGUGCCAAUGUCACCCCUCCUCGCCCUACCCGCUGAACUCCGCAACCUAAUCUACAAGUACGCCCUGGGCGGCAACCAUCACGCCCUGUACGAAACUACCGGAAAGCUGCACUUUGGUCCCGACACCGACAAUCUCCUGGCUCUGUUGCGCACGAGCCGCCAGGUCUACUCCGAAACCCACCUCAUCGUCUACUCGCACAAUAUCUUCGCCUUCAGUACCACGAAAUCUGUCCACAAGUUCCUCAAUGACCACAGCACCGAGCAAAAGGCUGCUAUCCGGACUCUGGCGCUGCAAAUCUUUUCGAGGACGAAUAUGAUCAAUGAGCGCAAGGCGUUGAAGGCGUCGGAUCUUAGGUACUUGUCGCGCCUAACUGGACUCAGGAAUGUGCAGAUAUGGGACUACUACUAUGACGGACGUACGGUUGAUACGACAUGGGUGGGUGGUGUCUGGGCGUGGACGGGCGGGCGGAACAUGAAGGUGGAUAUUUGUCGUCAUAAUUCUGACCUGCUGAGCUUCCAGAGCGUAGAGACGGUCGAGCGUCCGCGCGUCCCGUUGGGGGUCUCGUCUGGCUGA